AUGCAGUUUGCUUCUUACGCUAUUCUACUUGCAAGCGUAUGCUGUACAGCCUUCUCCAACGACGUCAGUUUCGAUGAGAUUACCAAACCAAGCAAAGGAGAAGUCCUCCAGGCGGGCACUAUGUACAACAUCAACUGGCAUUCUACAGUAUCUGGCGAUGUCAAUCUCAUGCUGAUGGGCCAGAAGAAUUCGGAGUAUUCUACUGACGCCCUGGCAGUCAUUGGCACCACGAUCGACGGUGCCCUGGGCCACCACACUUGGAAUGUAACAGGCGGCCUUUCCAACAAUGAAACGUACUACAUUCAAAUUGCCCGGGUGAACGAUAUCUCUACCUUUAGCUAUUCGCCCGGAUUCAAGAUCCAUUCUAAUAUUUCUGCGUCGACGACGGCUACCUCUUCUCCUACUGCUACGGUUUACCCGUCUACUACACUCUCUGCUAUGGCGUCUGGGGCUACGAAUGCUACUGAAUCUACCUCGACUUCUACUGGUGGUAGUGCUGUUACAUCUGCCCCUGCUCCACUUGCGUUUAUCGGGGUUGCAGCUGUUGGUAUGUUGGUCUUUUAG